AUGUGUGGUCACUGUCACCAGGUGUGGUCACUGUCACCAGGUGUGGUCACUGUCACCAGGUGUGGUCACUGUCACCAGGUGUGGUCACUGUCACCAGGUGUGGUCACUGUCACCAGGUGUGGUCACUGUCACCAGGUGUCGCGACUGUCACCAGGUGUGGUCACUGUCACCAGGUGUGGUCACUGUCACCAGGUGUGGUCACUGUCACCAGGUGUGGUCACUGUCACCAGGUGUGGUCACUGUCACCAGGUGUGGUCACUGUCACCAGGUGUGGUCACUGUCACCAGGUGUGGUCACUGUCACCAGGUGUGGUCACUGUCACCAGGUGUGGUCACUGUCACCAGGUGUGGUCACUGUCACCAGGUGUGGUCACUGUCACCAGGUGUGGUCACUGUCACCAGGUGUGGUCACUGUCACCAGGUGUGGUCACCCAUACACAGUAUAAAGAAGCAGUGUUGUGCUGGGCUGCAGGUCAUGAGUAAAGAGCCUGUGCUUGGUUUGGAACCAUGUGUGAAAAGGCAUACAUUUCCCAGAGUUCCCUGGAGUGCUGAGCUGAAGAGGAGGGGUUUGCUUAGCAGCCCCCCACCCCACCACCACCCCAGUCACAGUAAGUGCUUGGUGUAUGCAUGGAUAGGUCUGUUAUGGUUGCUACGGAUACGGGCUGUUUCUACCACUGCAUAACAACAGUUAUUUAUUUACAGUAUCUGAUCAAUCAAUAACAGUGUUAUGAUGGAUAAUGCUUUGGAGCUUGGCGAGGCCACAGACUCUGUAACGUAUCGGACAGACAACACAACAGACACCGACAGACACGACUCUAUAAAGAAGAAGACUACCAUAUUUCCUUAAAUAGAUACUCUUUCAAUCUCAAUUUGGCAGAGAUGAUUCCCUGGGCUGGGAUCAGACAAGACUAGUUUUCAUUGAGUUUAUAAUGAUAUUUACCAGACACCAUUUUGACAAAACCAUAGCGACUAACAGGAAAAGGAAACGGCAGCAGCAGGGUACUGCGAUUCCUCUAAAAACAAACCUACUGUACAUCAAGGCUGCCUGCAUGACCUCAGAGUUUAUUGCACUGUGUUUUUCAGACAGUAACAGUGCAUGUGGAGCCUGUGAAGGGUAUAACGUAUACCCUGAAGACAGCAUGAGAGGAGACAUGGAGAGAUGUAGAUAUUCUGUGAUCUGGGAGAUAGUGCUAGUAGAUAUUACAGUUGAAGUCGGAAGUUUACAAUCACCUGAGCCAACUACAUUUAAACUCA